CGAGGAAGGAGGAACAAGGGUGAAAGAAGAUAAAUUUUCAGUAGCACAAAAGAGUGAAAUAUACACAACAAGAAUCAUGAGAUCUGCUACUUUAUUGUUGGUUUCUUGUGUUCUUUUGUCUUUCAUUUUGGGCAAUGUUAAAGAAGUGGAAGCUGUGUUGAAGCCAAUGGACCAAUGCGGCCGGAAGGAUAUAUUUUUGGGAGGAUGCGGCAGCAACGGAAGCAAAACAUGCAUAAACGACUUUGUUAAGAAAGGAGGUGUAGCCGCUAAGCCUAGUAGUUGCGAGUGUGAUGACUUUGGGGAAGAACAUUUAUGUAGAUGUUAUGUUCCUUGCUAG